ACGCCGCAUUUUCUUGAACGUACCACUGCCUCCUCCCUCCUCUUCCGUCCCCCGCGACCAUCUGUCUCCCUCUGUGUCGACGUGCGCUCUGCGCCCUUCUGCGCCGCUGUCUGUGCGGCUGUCCACUCUCGUUUGCUUGUCGUUGGGCGAUCGCAGCCAUCCUGGCUACUCCACAACUCCGGCGUUUAGCGGGACUGUGGCCGGAUAUCCCGGACCGAGGACACGACCGUCCAGCGUAAAAUGACUGCCGAUGCCUCUGCGGCGAAACUACUCACUAUCGCGGAAUCAAACCACAUCAACCGAGUUUUUGCGGCCAUCGCGUUCGGCAUCUUGUGGUAUGACUUUGUGUUGACCAUCCCGAUCGAAGUCGAGCGGUACUGGAAGGGCGGCCGGUCCUGGGCGGCCAUCUUCUACUUCCUGAACCGGUACCUCUCAGUCCUCAGCCACAUACCGGUGGUGGUGGAGUUCUUCGCGAUCAUGCCCGAGUCUAGAUGUCGGAAGUUGCAACUCUAUCACCAGGUCCUUGCGGCGCUCACUCAGUUCUUCGUUGGCGUUCUUCUGAUGCUGCGAACGUACGCGCUCUACAACCGGAACCGCAAAGUGGUGUACCUGCUCGCGUCUAUAUGCGCGGCAGGCGGGGCCGUCAGCGUGUGGGCUAUCGUGAGCGUACGAAGUCUGCAUCUGCGGUCUUUCCAGGACAUCGCGGUAUACACAGGCUGCGACCUGACCUUGUCCGAAAAACAAGGAUAUUACCUUGCUGCCGCGUGGAGCUCCAUCCUCGUAUUCGACGCGACAGUCUUCGUCCUUACCCUCACGCAGGCGCUGCGGGUCGGCCGGAUGUUCAGCCACAGUCUGUUCCAUAUUAUGCUGAGAGAUGGGACCAUAUAUUUCGGCAUCCUAGUCGUGUGCUACGGUUGCAACAUUUUAACGUACAUUCUGGCCCAGCCCGUAUACAAGGGUGUCAGCACGACCUUUACGAACGUCAUCUCCACCACACUCAUUACGCGUCUGAUGCUCAACAUCCGUGACCCGAAGCUGGUCGACCUGCCACACCGCUGGCCGUCGGAGCUGCUCGAGAUAUGA